AUGUUAAGUAGAGCUUCUAAACUCUCUCAACUAAUCAAAAUCCCUAGGGCAGCAUUUGCCGAUGAGUGGUUCAGAGGAAACAGAUACAGCGAAGACGGUGCACCUUUUUUUGAAACCCCAACAAGGCCUGGAAACUUCAGAGAUGUGAUGGACUUUAAACUUAAGCUUGAUAAUUGGUUUGACGAAGCCCGUGAAUUCAAUGAAGAAGAAUGGGAAGUCAAAAAAGCUCAGCUUUAUAUAGCAAACUGUAUGGGAAACAUCAUGUGGGUAACUGGCUUCCAAUAUGCAGCAAGUUCUUGGGCACAAAUCAUUACAGGUUGGGUAAGAUACUUCCCAGACAAAUAUAGAGGCUGCCUUUUGAGUAGCGCUCUAAGCGCCCGAGACUUCCCGACGAAGUCUGGGCGGUGGUUUGACCAGCUGAUGUUGGUCAAACCAGCAUCCAAUUUGACAAACCUUCUGUAUGAGAAGAAUUUGUCAUUUUGGAUGUUGGUUUGACCAACAUCAGCUGGUAAAACCACCGCCCAGACUUCGCCGGGAAGUCUCGGGCGCUUAGAGCGCUACUCAAAGGCAGCCUCUAUAUAUGGAAUUUGACAUAGGUGAAUUACCUCCUGGUGAAGUCAUGCAGAUUUCUUGGCAUGGUGUUCCAUUAUUCAUAAGAAGACUGACUAAAGAAGAGAUGGAAGACGAAGGCAAGACUCCUCCACAUACACUUAUGGACACCUCUCAUCAAGUAAGGAUCACUGAUGCUCCAAAUUCAAAGGUGAUGGUUCUCAACGCAAGAUGCACACAUUUAGGAUGUAUUCCAAUCCCAUACAUUGGAAAAUAUAAAGGAUGGACUUGCAUGUGCCAUGGAAGUAUUUUUGAUAAAUGGGGAAGAGUUAGGCAAGGACCAGCAUUAGAAAACUUAAGAUACCAAAACCAUUCCUUGUAUGGGAACAUACUUUGCGUAGAUCAGCUGCGCUAUAAUUAUGAGCCCAGAAGGAUCUGGAUAGUUCAAUAA